UCUCUCUCUCCUCUUUUCUCCAAGUGCUGCAGAGAGGAGCUGCUUACUGCAUCGCGGGGGAGGAAGUAUAGACGAGGAAAAAGCAAAAGGGGAGGAAAAAGAGGACGGGAAAGAAGAAAAGACAACCCGAGAGCUCUUUAUAUCACACCACACGUUCGUGCUGGGAUACAGUGGGGGAACACCGGGCGGACCGGUGAGAGAGGAAGCGCGCGCUUUGCAGGAUCCCCACCGAGUGUACCUCCACCUUUUUUUUUUUUUGUAUGGAUCUUACCUACAAGUUCUCGGGUUCAAGUAAACAAGACGUCAAGCUUAACAUCGCAAUCUGAGCGCUGUCUUUUGCGACACAUUCGAGACAUUUUAAAGUGAAGUAAAAAUGGAUACGGAGAACGCAUACAGAGAGAGAACUACUCUGGCCCGUGGUGCUCGAGACAUUGCCAAAGAAGCCAAGCGUCACGCUGUCAAAAAAGUCAACAAAGCCAUAGACCGCGCGUCAGACGAGUACUUAGGUCGCACGUACCACCGUUUUGAAAAUGACGAGGAUGAUGAAGGCGGAGACGCCGACCGUUUGUACUACCGGGACGGUCAGGCGCAGCAACAUGAGGACGACGAAGGAUCCAGCGAUGCCACCGAAGGCCAUGACGACGAAGACGAGAUCUACGAGGGAGAGUACCAGGGUGUGCCCGGAGCAGGGGACGGACAGGUAGCACUCGGUCGGCCGGUUACAGACGGAAUGAAAGACAGGAAACAGCUGGAGAAAGAGCGAGAGGCUGAGGAGGAGGAGCUAGCACAGCAGUACGAGCUGAUCAUCCAAGAGUGUGGACAUGGACGCUUCCAGUGGCAGCUCUUCUUCGUGCUGGGGUUGGCGCUCAUGUCCGACGGAGUGGAGGUGUUCGUUGUUGGGUUUGUGUUGCCUAGUGCCGAGACGGACAUGUGUGUGCCCAACUCUGGGGCAGGAUGGCUGGGUAGUAUUGUGUACCUGGGGAUGAUGGUGGGAGCAUUUUUCUGGGGCGGUUUGUCAGAUAAAGUGGGCCGGAGGCAGUGUUUGUUGGUGUGUAUGUCCGUGAACGGCUUCUUCGCCUUCUUGUCCUCGUUCGUGCAGGGCUACAGCACGUUCCUGUUCUGCAGGAUGCUCUCGGGAUUUGGGAUCGGAGGGUCCGUGCCUAUUGUGUUCUCGUACUUCGCCGAGUUCCUGGCGAGGGAGAAGCGUGGUGAGCACCUGAGCUGGCUCUGCAUGUUCUGGAUGAUAGGUGGCAUCUAUGCUUCAGCCAUGGCCUGGGCCAUCAUCCCACACUACGGCUGGAGCUUCAGCAUGGGCUCAGCGUAUCAGUUCCACAGCUGGAGAGUAUUCGUGGUCGUCUGCGCACUCCCGUGCGUCUGCGCCGUCGUCUCUCUUACCUUCACGCCAGAAAGUCCACGCUUCUUGCUGGAGACAGGGAAACACGAUGAGGCUUGGAUGGUGUUGAAACAGAUCCAUGACACCAACAUGCGUGCUCGAGGAGAGCCAGAGAAAGUUUUUACUGUGAACCGUAUAAAGAUCCCUAAGCAGUUGGACGAGUUUGUUGAGAUGCAGUCCGAGUCGGCGAACCCUGCGGCUAAAGUCCUUUUCCGAAUCAGGAGUGAACUCCGCGGAAUUUGGCUAACAUUCCUAAAGUGUUGGGAUUACCCUGUGAAAGACAACACUGUGAAGCUGGCUAUAGUGUGGUUCUCUUUGUCUUUUGGGUACUACGGUCUUUCGGUGUGGUUUCCUGACGUCAUAAAGCACCUUCAAGCGGACGAAUACGCAGCGAGAGUGAAAACCCACAACAACGAACGCAUCGAAGAUUUCACUUUUAACUUCACGUUAGAGAACCAGGUGCACUCCAACGGGUCCUUCAUCAACGACAGGUUCAUCGGGAUGAAAUUUAAAUCGGUCACUUUUAAAGAUUCCAUCUUCCAGAACUGCUUCUUUGAGGAUGUCACAUCACUCGGGACUUUCUUCAAGAACUGCACCAUCCUGGACACGUUCUUCUACAAUACGGAUAUCGAUGACUCAAAAUUUAUCGACUCGUCUGUGAUCAACAGCACGUUUGCGCACAAUAAGACGGGCUGCCAGGUCACGUUCGAUGAUGAUUACAGUGCGUACUGGGUGUACUUCAUCAACUUUCUAGGGACUCUGGCUGUGUUGCCAGGCAACAUAGUCUCUGCCCUCCUGAUGGACAAAGUCGGACGGUUGAGCAUGUUGGGAGGCUCGAUGGUUCUGUCUGGUAUCAGUUGUUUCUUCCUGUGGUUCGGCACCAGCGAGUCAAUGAUGAUCGCCAUGCUCUGCCUCUACAACGGCCUCAGCAUAUCCGCCUGGAACUCUCUGGAUGUAGUCACAGCCGAGCUGUAUCCCACUGACCGGAGGGGUACUGGAUUCGGGUUCUGUAACGCUAUGUGUAAACUAGCAGCCGUGUUGGGGAACCUGAUCUUUGGCUCAUUGGUGGGCAUCACUAAAGCCAUUCCCAUCCUCCUGGCAUCGGCCGUGCUGGUGGGCGGCGGCCUGGUAGGACUCCGACUCCCAGACACGCGUGCCAACGUCCUCAUGUGACCCCCGACCUCUGAUCACUCCCCUCCAAACAGAGAGUUGCCACGGAAACAAGAAGGACACUCCGGGUGGGGACAGCUGCCACAGGCUACAACAUCGUCUGAUUAUUUAUUGAGUCGUACGCACAGUGUUAGAUAUUUAUUGAUUUAAAGCUGUAGUAUGUAACAUUCGAUAAGAGUUGUGGAUUCGGAGACCUCUCUGGUGCGAAUAUUUUGUCUAGCGUUCUAAAGAUUCUAGGGAAAUUCGGGUUUUACAAAAGCGUCACUGAUAUCAGCUCGACCUUCUUUAGUGCCUAAAAUAUUGGCGUCAAUCUGCGAUGAUGUAUAAAUCUAAAAAAACCAUAAAUAAACCUCAAAGCUGACCCGACAGCUCAGACGUUCCAAAAUUGUAAGAUUUUAUUGUCUUUUAUUCUUCCUACUCAGUAAAUCUACCAUCUUUUAUUUUGAGAAAAAGUUACUUACUGCAGCUUUAAUCUAUAGUCAUAUUUAUUGAUAUUUAUUGACAUUAAAGUCCUACAAAAAAAAAAAACAUAAUCUUGACCAAAUACUGCAAAACAAAUGCCUUAGCUGAACUAUCAUAAAUGGACCAGUGCCAAACCUAGAAGCUAAGUCAUCAGAUGAAAUUGUUAUUAUUAUUUCUUUUAGAAUUAUUAAUUUACGGUGGACGAUGUUUAAGCCUUCACACCCGAGUCGAACGAGGCCAUAUAAAAAACAACAGCAGUAACUCCUGCUAGGAACAGAGAAGAACUUUUUGUGACAAUUUUAAAGCAGCGAUAAGGCUUUAGUCUUUGUUAUUGUCUUUGUGAAUCUUGUGGCUUAUUUGCAAGGGCUUUGCUUUGUAGCACUCGUAGUUUUUUUUUUUUUUUUCACUUGUAUCCGUCUGUCUUCCUGUCUCCUUGUUUGUUUUCUCCUUGACCCCGGGGUCUGCAUGUAUGUCUGAGCGUGUGUACAUGUGUGUGACGGCCCUUGCUAACGCUGCUACGCUAUAGUGUAGUGUUUCUCUCUCAUGCUGCUGUGCGUUCGGUCUCCUCUAAUCACGGAAUGGCCUUUCUUUCUCUUAACACCGUGCCUCGUCUCUGUCUGCUAACUUUGCAUCUGUGAGGUCUCUGUAUGCCUGCUGCACGUCAGUGUUUCAUCCCACUGUGUGUGUGUGUGUAUGUGUGUGUGUGUGUGUGGGUGUGUAUGAAUCUCCUGCCUGCUUUUCCAACUAUAAGAAACUGAACUACAAUGGAACUGUAACUAGAUGUGUUUCUUGAUUGAUGGGUCAUGUGAUCAGAAAGACUUUGUGCAGAGUGUGUGUGUGUGUGUGUGUGUGUGUGUGUGUGUGUGUGUGUGUGUGUGUGUGUGUGUGUGUGU